UCCAGGGAGGUAACUCACUACCCACUGCUCCGUAGAUUGUACAGACUAUACAGGCUGGUCUGUAUGAGCAGUGACCAUGCGCGUGUCCUUGAAGCGCGGGCUGCAGUGGGUGUGUGCACUGGUCUUGCUCCAACUGGCCGUGUACUACUGGUCAGUGUCGGUCAAACGGUCCAGGAAAGCUAGGCUCAUCAAGCCACACAAGUACCUCAAGCCGCUCCGUGGUGAUGACGGCGUGUGCUCUUUUAAGACUUGCCCAGAUGUGAAGCCGGGCAUGCUGAACGUUCACUUCGUGCCUCACUCGCACAUCGAUGUCGGCUGGCUCAAGACUGUAGACCAGUACUAUGAGGGCUCAUCCACUGGCAUCAUGGACGGCCACAAGAUGCCGUUGGUGGAAGGAUGUGUCCGCUGCACCAUCGAGGCUACCCUCAAAGAGCUCAAGGACGACCCGACCAGGCGCUUCAUCUUCGUGGAGAUGAAAUACUUGUCCAGAUUUUGGCGGGAAGCCAAUGAUGAAACACGCGCCUUUAUCCGACAACUGAUCAAAGAACGUCGUCUUGAGAUCAUCAAUGGCGGCUGGGUGAUGAGUGACGCCGGGGUCACGUGGUACAAUGACAUCAUCGACCAGCACACGCUCGGUGCGGACUUCAUCAGCGAGACGUUUGGUCCCUGUGCCCAAUCCCGUACAGCCUGGCACGUUGACCAGUUCGGACAUAGCAGGGAGCACGCCUCCAUCUUUGCUCAGAUGGGAUAUGAUUCCUUAUUUGUGGGAAGAAUCGAUUUUCAAGACCUGGCAGAAAGAAAAAGGACAAAGAAUCUAGAGUUUCUGUGGGAUACAAGUCCUGAUAAUUUAGGUGGGAGAAACCAGCUGUUUACUCAGACUACGUUUGACGGGUACUAUGCCCCGCCCAGAUACGUCUACGAGACAGCCAUGAGCGAUGAAGUCCCUGAGCAAGAAUCUGCAGCAGUGUACAACUUUGUCAAAAUUAUGCAUGAGAGGGCGCGAACGUUUGCCACGAACCAUCUCCUGGUUCCCAUGGGCUCGGAUUUUGGCUACGUACAUGCGAGCAGGUGGUUCCAGAACAUGGACAGAUUGAUCAAGUUUAUCAACAAGCAGCACAACAACAAAGAGGGCAUGCGCAUGAACAUUCUGUACUCCACGCCGUCGUGCUACACAUACCACGUGAACCGUGACAACGCCACGUUUGAGAGCAAGACGGACGACUUCCACCCGUACGGCAUAGAGCCAGGCGUCUACUGGACCGGCUACUUCACCACGAGAGGGGGCAUGAAGCUGCACGUCAAGAGGGCCGGACAGAUUCUGCAGAGUUGCAAGCAGCUGUCCAUCUUCAAGGGUCUGGAUGGAACUUUUCACAAGAUAAACGUACUACGGGACAUUCUUGCUGUCAUGCAGCACCACGAUGCCAUUACUUUGUUGUCUCUCUGUACAACCCCCUGGGCUGGCCAGUGACAACCUGGCUCCGUCUGCCGGUGCCACAUACAGGGCUGACCAUCACUGACCACAGAGGCAGUAGAGUGUCAUUUCAGCUCUGCCCUGUGCCAGAAGGUGUCAUGAAGAUUCCAGAACGGAACAGCCACACAGACACGGAAGUCGUGUUUCCAGCUCUGUUGCCUCCGAUGUCCGUUACUCCUUUCCAAGUCAAGAUAGAAAGAGUUCCUGAAGCUGACCUUCGAUCGUUCUGGCCUGCUAACCACCAUCUACAACAAAGUGUCGCACAUCACCGAGAAAGUUAGCCAGGACUUGCUCUACUAUGAGGGCAUGCAGGGUGGAAUGCGAUCCUCGGGAGCUUAUGUGUUCAUUCCGAGCAGCGCGACCACCAAACGUGUCAGCAAAGAUCCCACAGUCAGCAUAAAGGUCCUUAAGGGUGACCUAGUUCAGGAAGUGCAUCAGGUGUUUUCCUCCUGGGCCACUCAGGUGGUGAGACUGUACAAGGGAGAGAACUAUGCAGAGUUCCAGUGGACUGUAGGGCCCAUCAGUGAUAGUGAUGGCAAAGGAAAAGAGGUUGUUUCUCGUUUCUCGACUGGUAUAGACAGUGGUGAUCUGUUCUACACUGACUCCAAUGGAAGAGAGAUGAUGGAGAGACAGCGAGAUGCAAGAGAAACCUGGGACUAUCAACCCAAAGAUUUAAUCUCUGGUAAUUACUAUCCCAUCACAAGUCGAAUUUUGAUUAAAGAUCAGCAGAGGAAUGUCCAGCUCACUGUCUUGCCGGACAGACCACAAGGGGGAGGCAGCAUAAGUUCAGGAGACGUAGAACUCAUGGUUCACCGGAAGCUUCGGUUUGAUGAUGGCCUUGGAGUGGGAGAACCAUUAGACGACUUUGGCUCAGACUACAGAGGAAUUGUUUUCACGGGUAAACAUUGGUUGUGUUUGGACACCAAAGAGAGGUCAGCUGAACUGGUGAAGCGACUUGCCUACCAGCUACACAUGGCGCCUGCUACCAUGUUCACACCAACCGGGGAUGAAGAUUCAAGCAGUGGGCUCUUGAUAAAGCAGCAAUCCUUUUUGACAAGCCCUCUCCCAGACAAUGUCCAUAUCCUCACCUUGGACAGAAUUGGGAGCAAUGAUUCCAGUUUUUUCUUGCUUCGUUUGGAGCAUGUCUUUGAAAAGAAGGAACAUUCAGUUCUCUCACUGCCAGCAACCGUAUCAUUAGAGAACUUGUUCCAGCCUUUUGACAUUGCUACUGUUGAGGAGACGACGCUGGGGGGAAACUUCCGCCCUCAUGAUAUUUCACGCCUUCAGUGGGAGACUACAAAUGGUCGCACCCCUGCCAAAAUAGGUUCACCAGACUACAGACAGGAUAUGGUUGCACCUUUCAAAAUUAAAUUGGAACCGAUGGAAAUCCGAACAUUCAGAGUACAAACAGUGCCCAACUCCUGAUGACAGAAGUGCCUAAUGUGGUUGUGUUCCUGUUUUCUUUAUAUUUUUAUGACACUGAUUAAAAAUGCAAAUUGCCAAGUUAGGGCCUGUUAUCAUCAGUCUUGAGGCAAAUCUUUUUUUUUUUUUAGGAGUUGACAACAUAUUUUAUUCAGAGCAGUUUUAUCCAUAGCUACUUUCCUUACACAAAGACUGCAAAUUGUUAAACUAAGGUCUGUAAUGGCCAAUUAUUGCUGACUGUUCUUCUUUGGAUGAGAAUAGUUCAGAUGUGCUCAGACAAGGAAGAAUUCAACUAGGUUCUUAUACUAGAUUGAAAUGGUCAAAGGACAUGCUUACCUUCAUUUUGACUCCAAACAAAGAUAGUACAUAACAAGAUGGGCCACUCAGCCAAAAAAAGUGUCCACCGGAAGUCCGCUCUUUGCUUC